UCCAAAAUUUAUUCUGAGAGCAUUACCGCUGUGAAUACUCAACCCUGGGUUUUCUCCCAGAAUAGGUAUUAAGGACUGGCUGAGCCAGUAUGAAUGUUUCAGGGAGAAAUUAAUUUGAGGAAGUGUACAGAAGUCCUAGCCGGGGUUACCACCUUAGCCUGAGGCUCCAGUAGGUGAUUGGCUAGAGCAUUAAUCAAAGCGCCACACCCUGUGUGGUUUAUAUAUAUGUUAUAGCAGGGACGCAGACUUCUGGUUCCUGCUCUUGAGGAAUCUCACCCACAAGGAUGUGGACUCAGCUCCUUCUAGGAAUAUUGACCCUAUCACUAGCCAUUGCAGAAAAAUAUCUCUUAAACUAUCUGGUGACAGUACCAGCCCAGCUUAACUUCCCCUCUACCCAGAAAGUUUGUUUGGAUCUGCGCCCGGGGUCCCAUGAUGUAAAAUUCACUAUUACUCUGGAGACCAAGAACAAGACUCAGAAGUUGCUAGAAACUUCUGAAUCGAAGAAAAGACCCUUGCAGUGCAUCUCCUUUCCGGUACCACCUCCUGCUGGUGGUACAGAAGAAGUGGCUACAAUGUGGGCGUCGGCGACCGGAAGUAAUAUCAGCUUGGAGGAGAAGAAAAAGGUUUUAAUUCAGAGGCAGGGGAAUGGCAUCUUUAUACAAACUGACAAACCUAUCUACAACCCAGGGCAGGAAGUGCACUUCCCCAUUGUCACCCUGAACAGCAGCUUUGUUCCAGUGAGUGACAAGUACUCCAUGGCGGAGCUGCAGGAUCCAAAUAGGAACAGGAUUGCACAGUGGCUGGAGGUGGUGCCUGAGCAAGGCAUUGUAGACCUGUCCUUCCAUCUGGCACCAGAAGCAACGCUGGGAACCUAUACAGUAGAAGUGGCUGGGGGCGCGACCUUUGGCAUCUUCAGUGUGGAAGAAUAUGUGUUGCCUAAAUUUAAGGUGGACGUGAUAGAGCCCAAGCAGUUAUCAACAGUAGAAGAAUCCUUCUUAGUGACAAUCUGUUGUAGGUACACCUGUGGAAAGUCCAUGCUAGGGGCAGUGCAGGUAUCAGUGUGUCAAAAGGCAUAUACUUACCAUUUUCCAGAGGCAGAAUGGGAACAGCUACCUGACAAAUGCAGGAACCUUUCUGGACAGACUGACAAAGCAGGAUGCUUCUCCACUUCUGUGGACAUGUCCACCUUCAACCUCACUGGUUACAUGUACAGCCACACCAUCAAUAUUGUGGCUACUGUGGUGGAGGAAGGAACAGGAGUAGAAGCCAAUACCACUCAGGAUAUCAACAUUUCUUCACAAGUGGGAUCAAUAACCUUUGAAGACACCAAAAAUUUUUAUUACCCCAGUUUCCCCUUCAGUGGGAAGAUAAGAGUUAGGGGCCAUGAUGGCUCCCUUCUCAAGAAUCAUUCAGUAUUUCUGGUGAUUUAUGGCAUAAAUGGAACCAUCAACCAGACCCUAACUACUGACAAUGAUGGCCUUGCUCCCUUCAAGCUGGAUACAGUUAAUUGGAAUGGGGGAGAUAUUUCUCUGGAGGGCAGAUUCCAAAUGGAAGAUUCGGUACACUAUCCAGGACAGAGGCCUCAUUACUACCAAAAUGGCUAUCUGCACCUGCAGUCCUUCUAGAGCACAACUUGGAGCUUCCUUGACAUCCACCCACUACAUGGGAUCUUGGCGUGUGGCCAGCCCCAGGAAGUGCUGGUGGAUUAUUACAUUGAUCCAGAGGAUGCAAACCCUGACCAGGAAGUCCUCUUCUCCUACUAUUUAAUAGGGAAAGGGCAUCUGGAGAUGGCGGGGCAGAAACACCUGAACUUUGAGAAGGAAGGAACAAAAGGCUCCUUUUCCCUCUCACUGACCUUCACUUCCAGACUAGCCCCUGACCCUUCCCUGGUGAUCUAUGCCAUUUUUCCCAGUGGAGGCAUUAUAGCUGACAAAAUUCAGUUCUCAGUAGAGAUGUUUGACAAUCAGUUGUACUUCUCCCUUCCACGGGUUUCCCUUGGCUUCUCACCUCCGCAGCAGCUUCCAGGAGCAGAUGUGGAAGUACAGCUACAGGCAGCUCCUGGGUCCCCGUGUGCAGUCCGGGCUGUGGGUGAGAGUGUCUUACUACUUAGGCCAGAGACAGAGCAGAGCAACGAUUCUGUCUAUAGGAUGUUCUCAUUCUGGUAUGGUCACUACCCCUAUCAGGUGGCAGAAUAUGAUGAGUGUCCAAUGUCUGGCUCCUGGGACGCUCCUCAGCCCCUCUCAAUUAUGUGGAGACCUUGGUUCUCUGAAGGCAUGGACCUUUUCCAUUUUUUCCAGGGCAUGGGCCUGAAAAUACUGUCCAAUGCCAAAAUUAAGAAGCCAGUAGAUUGCAGUCAACAGUCUCUAAAAUACAGCAUUGCAAUGUCUGGAGGUAAGCUACCUGAGAGUUUUGAGUCAUCAUCAUCUUCAUCACUUCAGUCAGAGAACUCUCAGGUCUGCCAAUACUUCCCGGAGACUUGGCUCUGGGAUCUGUUUCCUAUUGGUGACUCUGGGAGGGAGACUGUCCAUGUCAUCGUUCCUGACACCAUCACCGAGUGGAAGGCCAUGACUUUCUGUACCUCCCAGUCCAGAGGCUUUGGUCUUUCACCUACUGUUGGACUGACUGCUUUCAAGCCAUUUUUUGUUGAACUGACUCUCCCUUACUCAGUAGUUCAUGGGGAAUCCUUUCGCCUUACUGCCACCAUCUUCAGUUAUCUGAAGGACUGCAUCAGGAUUCAGACUAACCUGGGUACAUCAGAUAAGUACCAGGUGGAAUCGUGGACAGAUUCUUGGGGCUCCAGCUGUCUCUGUGCUGAUGAAGCAAAAAACUAUCACUGGAAUAUCACAGCUACCAAACUGGGUCAUGUGAACUUUACCGUCACUACUAAGAUUCUGGACAGCAAUGAACUCUGUAAGGGGCAGAAGGGGUUCAUUCCAGCAAAGGGCCAGAGUGACACACUCAUCAAACCAGUUCUGGUCAAGCCUGAGGGAGUCCUUGUGGAGAAGACAUACAGUUCAUUGCUUUGCCCAAAAGGACAAGUGGCUUCAGAAUCCAUCUCCUUAGAGCUCCCUGUGGAUGUUGUUCCUGAUUCAAGCAAGGCUUAUGUUAUGGUUCUGGGAGACAUUAUGGGCACAGCCCUACAGAACCUAGACAAUCUGGUACAGAUGCCAAACGGCUGUGGGGAGCAGAACAUGGUCUUGUUUGCUCCCAUAAUCUACGUCUUGCAGUACCUGGAGAAGGCAAGGCUGCUGACUGAGGAAAUCAGGUCUCGGGCAGUGGGUUUCCUGAAGCUAGGGUACCAGAAGGAGCUAAUGUACAAACACAGCGAUGGCUCAUACAGUGCCUUUGGGGAGCAGGAUGGAGAUGGAAACACAUGGCUGAUAGCGUUUGUCACCAAAUGCUUUGGCCAAGCUCAAGAAUUCAUCUUCAUUGAUGACAGUAAUAUCCAGGAUGCUCUCAAGUGGAUGGCGGUAAACCAGCUCCCCAGCGGUUGCUACACCAAUGUGGGAAGGCUCAUUCACACAGCUAUGAAGGUGCAAAUCUGCUCCCAGGCCUUCAGCUCACUACCAUACCUUCCUAAUUAUGCUUCUUUUUCCAUAGGAGAGUCCAUUCACUGGAGCCCAAAGCCUGCUCCGUCAGUGGAUGCCAGACCUUGGUCUCAGCCUGAGGCUGUAGAUGUGGAACUGACAGCAUAUGUAUUACUGGCCCAGCUUAGCACAGCCAGCCUGACUCAAGAGGAGAUUGCCAAGGCCACUGCCAUAGUGGCUUGGUUGGCCAAGCAAUGUAAUGCAUAUGGGGUCUUCUCUUCUACUCAGCUGAGUAAGAAGACUCAGACCUAUACCUUCACCAUCAGCCAAAGUGUGUUGGUCACUAACCUGAAACCAGCAACCAUCACAGUCUAUGACUACUACCUCCCAGAUGAACGGGCAACAAUUCAGUACUCUGACCCCUGUGAAUGAGGAUAGAAGUUGGAAAGAGACUAAUUUAAUCCUCUGUGACAUUACUGGACAGCAUUCUUCUGCCUCUUAAAGCAAAACACAUUCAAUCCAGUAAUGUGAUUUCUCUGACUGACUAGUGAGUGAGUAACAGAUGAGCAGGCUUGAACUUCAGCUACUUUCUACUACUAUUCACAGAUGCAUAGGUGCUAGAAUAAAGGGCUGUGGGAAAUGAAGUAAGAAUAAUCACACAAAGGAGAAAUUACAUGGAAAAGACCACUAGGAGAGGAGAUGUGGUUUAGCCAUGUAGGGGACUCUCCAGAGAGGAUAUGGAGGUAGAGGAUGAUCCAGGGAAGAUAAAAAUGUCUUCCUGGAGAUUAAAUCUAAGCGAAGAUGUAAUUUAGGGCUUUGGGAAUAGAUUAAAAAAUUUUUUUUCUUUGAAAAGAAAAUCUGUGUCCUUGGCUCUGUGCGUAUUUCUGUGGAUACCAAAGGUUCUGUUUAAAGAUGAUGAUCAUCCUUUAACCAAAACUUACAUUUUGGCUUCUUCAUUAAACCUUUUGACCCAGACAUGUCAGAGGAUCAUAUUACGGAUUCAGGGAGGGGUCAGAGUAGAGAAUGCUAAUUAAGGGACUGACUGUGUUCAGCCAACCAGCACUGCAGGGCAAAACAGUGAUUGAUAACAAGAAGAGUGGCUGACCAGGAUUCCCUGUCUCUG